AUGACCGAAUUUAAUUUAUCAUCAACUAGAUUAAAUGAAAUCCAGAAUCAUGAUGAUUUUCAAGUUGUUUGGUUUUGUUCGGAUAAUAAUGUUCCAAAUGAAUUAACAAAUUUUGUUGAUUACUUAAAGAAAUGUCAUUCGUUUGAAACUUGUGACAAUUACAUAAAAGGAUUUCAAAGUGAACGCAAAAUCCUUCUUGUUUUAAUCUACUUGUUUGAUCAUACAUCAUAUUUUAAUGAUCUUUCUCAAAUUCAAUCAAUUAAUGUUUUGGAAAGAAAUACUCGAAAUGUGAAAUAUGAAAAACAAAAAUAUUCGAAAUUGAUUGAUAUUUUCACGGAUGAACAUACAUUAAUUGAACGAUUACGUCAAGAUAUACUUCUGACAUAUAGAAAUGAUUUGCCAAUAAGUAUCUCACGUUUAGAUGAGAUUAACAGUGAAAGAUCUUUAACGAGUUUAGAUAAAAAUACAUUGAUGUUCUUAUGGAAUCAAUUUUUUACCGAUUACCUCAUCAAUUUCCCUCAUACGGAUAUGAAUCAAUUGAAAAACGAUAUGGUAGAACAAUGUCAAUUAGAGUAUAAGAAUAAUCAAGUUCAACUGACUAAUAUUGAUUAUUUUGUUAAUAAUUGUACAAAUGAUAAUGCAUUAAACUGGUAUACAAAAGAUUCAUUCUUGUAUCGACUUCUGAACAAAGCAUUUCGUACGCAAAACAUUCAUUUAAUUUGCAAAUUUCAAUAUUUUACUAUUCUCUUAUAUAAACAACUAAAAGAGCUAUCAAUAAAACAACAACAAGAAAAUUACAUGAAACUUUUUCGGGGACAAAUUCUCAGUAGAAAUGAUUUAGAAAAGUUAGAGUCAAAUGUCGGACAUCUUAUUUCAGUAAAUACAAUUAUGUCUACAACGCGUAAAGAAGAUGUUGCUCGUGCAUUUAUAAUUGGAGCUAAAGCUGGAGUUAUAUUUCAAAUUAACGUUGAAAGUACAAAGAAAAACAUACUCCAUCCAUUUGCUGACAUUUCUCAUUUUAGUUCAAAUCCAGACGAAGAAGAAAUCUUAUUCUUUUCUGGUACUGUUUUUCAUAUUGACUCUGUUGAAAAAGAGAGUGAUUCAACAUGGAUUGUUAAACUUACUUUAAAAAACGAAACGAUUGAGCAAAUAAAACAAAUAAUGGAUGGUUUGGCAAAACAAUUGUCCAAUACCACAUAUUUGCAUCAUCUGUUU